UUUGCCUGACAUAAUUUCUAAAAUCAAGUAAACAUAAAUUUCUAAUGAUGUUAAAAUUUAUAUUUGUAUAUGUUUUGUUUUUAUUGAGUAACCAAAUAAGCAAGUUACUCUGCUCCACUCUGUGGAAUUAAAUUGUCAGUGUCAUGGAUAGAGUUGAAGAAAUACAAAUACAUGUAUUACCUACACUCUUACUUUGCUGUACAAAAUAUUAUCUUUGUCCAAUACUACAAUGCCAAUACUCUACAUUUAUUUAGAAAAAGAAGUAUUGAAAAAUCUAUAAAAAGUGAAAUAAUCUAUUCAAAACUUAAUCCGUCACUGUUAGUCAGGUUUGCCAACUAUACAACUGUAAACGGUCAGUACAACCAGCUUACCCCAUAACAGUUGUUUUCUAACCUUAAAGAAUUUUUUCAAUUGAUUUAAAUAACGUACAAAUAAGUCUAAACUUACAAUGUGUAAAUAUAAAUAAAAACAUUGAUAAUAAAUAAGAUAUAUUUAAGAUGAGUUCUGAGGCAGGUACGAGCAAAGGCAAUGAAAUUGUUACAGAAUUGUAUUUUCUUAUACAGAAAUGUUUAUCUGUUAGUCCCUUGAAAGAGACACAUCAGAUGCUCGUAAAGGAGUUGGAAAGUUCAAAUAUAUUACCAAAUCGUCUUGACUGGAAAGGAAAUGAGCACAGGCGCAAUUUAGCAGAAUUGGAAAAACACUAUCCUCACAUAGGGCCAGACUACUUAUUAAAAAUUUGUUCGCGCCUCGGAUGCAUUUUAGACAGGGAGUUACCACCCAGCAUUAAACGAGCUCCAUCGUUAUUAGGUGCAGGGAGACAAUCGUUAUUAAGACGUACUGACCACAAACGAUGUAAUAACGCCCAACUGUAUUAUGCUGCGCGAAUACAUGGGAAACCAUUACUGGACCCGCCAUUCCUCAAAAGCACACAUAAUAUAGUAAAUGUUUGUAUUGGCCGACAAAUGUCUGGUCCAACAACUCGACAUUUAGUAGUCGGUUCAAGUAGAUAUGCAAAUCUUCAACUACAAAGGAGAACUUUGGGCCAUCUGUCUGCCGUUUAUUGCCUGCUGUUUGAUCGUACCGGAAGAUUUAUUGUAACUGUAUGGGUGCAGAUGAUCUGUUAAUCAAAGUGUGGUCGUCUACGACGGGACGGUUACUUGCUACCUUUCGCGGGGCCUCAUCGGAAUUGACAGAUAUUGCGAUCAAUUUGGAAAAUACCCUACUGGCGGCGGGGUCAAUUGAUCGGAUCCUACGUGUUUGGAAUUUGCAGUUCGGUUAUCCUGUGGCAGUGUUGGUGGCACAAGCUGGAAUUAUUACAUCUGUGAACUUUUGCCCGUCAUCACGUUGGGAUGUUCGGUAUUUAAUUAGUACCAGUACGGAUGGUUCCGUUGCCUUUUGGUCCUACAGUCUUGAUACAGUGGGAAAAGCAGUUUUUGUGUAUGUAUAAGUAUAGCGUAGAGAAUAGAAUAGUGAGAUGA